AUGGCGUCCGGCGCAGGCGGGUCUUACAACAACCCACUCAAGAAGUUCAAGCUUGUCUUCUUGGGCGAGCAGAGUGUCGGCAAAACCUCACUCAUCACGCGGUUCAUGUACGACUCCUUCGACAACAUGUACCAAGCGACCAUUGGCAUCGACUUCCUUUCCAAGGCAAGAUUCCCCACGACAUCAGGUUUGAUUCCCUCGUACAUUCGCGACUCCAGCGUGGCGGUUGUGGUCUACGACAUCUCAAAUGCGAAAUCCUUCCAGAACACCAAGAAGUGGAUCGACGACGUGCGCGCCGAGCGAGGAAACGACGUCAUCAUUGUGCUCGUGGGCAACAAGACGGAUUUGAACGACAAGAGAGAGGUCACGACGCAGCAGGGAGAGGAGGAGGCCAAGAAGAACAACCUCAUGUUCGUAGAGACUAGUGCGAAGUUGGGCCACAACGUCAAGACGCUGUUCAAGAGAAUAGCGCAGGCGUUGCCCGGCAUGGAGGGCACAGAUGCUGCCCAGCAGGCCUCAAGCCAAAUGCAUGACCUGCAAACACUCCUAAACGAAAUAAGCUUGGAGAUUGAUGUGUGGUUCACCGCCCGAAAUGACACGAGACUACCUAAUCAGCCUAGGCUCUGGCGAUACUCGGACUCCGUAGGACCGCUGUGGACUGUCACCGAGUGCCAGGGUCCGUCAAGGCCCAAUCGACUGGUCGAGAGUGAUCCGGUGUCCAUCGCUGGUGGGGUCGUGGAAAUCGAUUUGCACUCGCCCGCUGCGCUGCGCGGCGGCCGGCGGGUUGCUGCUCAAAUCCGCACAUUCCUGGGCUGCAUCAGCCUGCAAACCGGCACCGAGAUCAUCUCGCUGAUCCUGCUAUUCAACCGCCUCACCGGCCUGUACGGCCUCCUCGCGAUCCUCACCGGCUACGAGAUCUCCGCGACGCAGCUGUCGAUGUACAUGUACUCGGUCGGCGUCAUCGUCUGCCUGGCCAUGUUCCUGCCUCACAUCCGCAAGAACAGUCCCUUUGAAGCGCUCGGGCUCGCGUGGCUGUACAUCAUCGACACCAUCCUCAACAUUGCUUACACGACCUUCUUCGCCGUCGGCUGGUACCUCCACAGCACCGCGCUCGACAAGCACCCGGGCAGCGCGGGCGUGCCGGCUGCCGCGGAGAUCGCGGAGGAGGCGCUGGCGAACGGCGCGCCUGUCGUGCCGGACGUGCCCAAGACGACGAAGCACAUCGGCCCGCAGGAGUCGUGGAUGAGCCUGGGGCUGAUCAUCACCGUGACGUUGCUGAGGGUCUACUUCGCGGUCGUCGUCAUGUCGUUUGCGCAGAGCGUGCUGCAGCGGUUCACCGAGAUGGGCUGGGAAGAGGAGGGACGCAAGAAGGGCCCCGAUGGACCGUUCAGCCCCGGCGAGCCCGAUGGUGAGGGCUACCGUGGUCGCAUCGGCAGAGUGAUGCUUGCCCUUGGACGCAGCUACUGGCUUGACGAGAAGGCACAGGAGGAGUGGGCGAGUGCGAUGAGCUCCAAGUUUAGGCACGCAGGUGCUUAA